CCUGAUUUGACAUCGCGGCAUCCAUAUCCAUUAUCAUAUUGUUAAGCUAUGAUCGGUAAAGAAAGAAGAUCGAGCGAAUCGCUCUGCGAGAAAUCCAUGCUAUUGGUAGCGAAUUUAAUCAAGCUUUCCAGCUCUAUUUCCUUCGCCAAAACCGCCAAUGAAGUAACUGCUGGAUCUAGGGCGGCAGGGCGGCAAUCGCGAGGAAAUCCGGCGACGACGCCUCUGAUUCCAGGAAGUAGACGGUUGCAGGAGCCGCAGAGCCGUGCGAAGCCGAUCUACGUGACGAAGCCAGGCGGAGGAGGCUUCCAAAUCGGCCAUGGAUCGCCUAGGUAUUCGUCGCCGUCGUUGCCGUCGCCUUCCUCGUAUUUGAUUCGCGAAGAGAGCGAUUUUGUUGAGGCGAAUGUGGAUGGUUGGGCGUCUGAAUACAUAGAGAAAGUUCAUAAGAACAGGAAGAAUUUGGAUGAAUCGACGGCGAAGAAGCCAUAUUCAAUCGCUGAAAGUCGCCUUCGUAGAGCCUCCUCUGCUCGGAACUAACCAGAUUUUGGGGGGAAAAUUAUAUAUAUAUAUAUUCUCUAAAUUUUAUCCCUGUGAAUUAAUGUCUAAGCGCUACUUCAUUUGGUUUACUAAACAAUAAAUUCAAAGUAAUUUUGAUGAAUUAAAAAAUAUGUAUGAACAACUAGAAGAUCGAUCGAGCUGGCAUCUCUCCUUCCCCUCAGCUCCUUAUCGGUUGAGUUGCACCGCUCCUUCCCCUCGGCUCCUUAUCGGUCGAGCUGCAUCGCUCCUUCCCCUCGGCUCCUUAUCGGUCGAGC